GCCGGAAAGGGCGACUUCUGCUUACAUAAUCGGAGUGGCCUGAUGUCACCGCUCUCCAGCAUCACGUGCAUCUUGGCACGCGAAAGAUAUACCAACCUCGACAUCUGCGCGUCACUGGCUGUUGCCCAAGACAAAGCUUUAAAGAGUGGCAUCCUUCUUCAUUACCACUGGGACGCGGCUUGUUGCCGUAUAUGGGGGAGAUAUGCAGUCCUGGGGCCGCAGACGGUGAAGAUGGGGUUCCGUAUUGUCACCUGGAAUGUCAAUGGUAUCCGAAACCCGUUCGGAUACCAACCUUGGCGCGAUAAACGUACAUUCGAGGCUAUGUUCGAUGUCCUCGAAGCAGAUGUCGUCGUGUUUGAGGAGACCAAAAUACAGAGAAAGGACCUGCGGGAUGAUAUGGUAUUAGUGUCGGGAUGGGACUGCUAUUUUAGUCUCCCGAAAAUCAAGAAAGGCUAUUCUGGUGUGGUAAUAUACACUCGCAAUGCGACAUGUACACCUGUACGCGCAGAAGAAGGCGUGACCGGGAUCCUCAAUAGACCGGGCUCUUCCACCCCUUAUCGUGAUCUUCCUGAGGAUCAACAGAUCGGAGGCUAUCCAACUGCAGAGCAACUGAGUGAAUACGAGGUCGAUGCCGCUUCACUUGACUCGGAAGGUCGUUGCGUGGUUCUCGAGUUUCCUGCGUUUGUCCUGCUGGGUGUUUACUGUCCUGCCAACCGGGAUGAGACCCGCGAUGGAUUUCGUCUGAGCUUCUUAAAUGCCUUAGAUUCUCGUAUACGGAAUCUUGUGGCUAGCGGGAAGAGAGUGGUUUUGACUGGUGAUAUCAACAUUUCGAGAGCUGAGAUUGACGCGGCGCACGCCACAGAAGCUGUUCGGAAACAGAAACUGACCGAAGACGAAUUCGUUUCAUCACCAGCGCGACGUAUCUUUAAUCAACUGGUGUUGGAUGGGAAAGUCAUUGGCCCUAGAGACGAGGGUAGGGAGAAACCUGUGCUUUACGAUAUAUGCAGGGCUUUCCAUCCUGACCGUCGGGGCAUGUAUACGUGCUGGGAACAGAAGAUCAAUGCUAGACCGGGAAACUAUGGCUCAAGAAUUGAUUACGUUCUUUGUAGCCUGGACAUGAAGGACUGGUUCUUCAGUGCAGAUAUACAACCAGGACUUAUGGGCUCUGAUCAUUGCCCUGUGUAUGCAGUACUCAAAGAUGUUGUUCCAUUUGGCGGAACCGACGUGGAUAUUCGGGACAUCAUGAACCCACCUGGGACAUUUGUGAACGGAAAACGCCAACGAGAAUAUUCGACGAGGGACCAACUGCCGCUGUCGGGACGAUUAAUUCCAGAAUUUGAUAGACGAAGGAGUAUCAAGGACAUGUUUUCCCGUAGAGCACCUGCGUCUGGGGGACGGUCUCCGGUCUCUCUCCCGCCACAGCCGAGCCAGGACCCAAUAAACAAGACGGUGCCACCACCAGCGGCACAGCACAACCUAGAUAGCGCAGGGGUUCCAAAAGAUUGGAUCACAAGCUCUAGUUCUCAAAGGCUACCCAAGCGUGAUGCUAGCCCUCCAGCUGGGAAUGUUGAUACUGCUGGAUUCCGUCCGGUCAAGAGAUCUAAAUCUGCCACUGGUGCUGCUCCUGGGGCAUCUACUAAAAGCCAGCAGAGUUUAAGGGGCUAUUUCAAGUCCAGGCGGGAUGAAACUGAAGCAACAGUGACGCGGCCAUCCUUAUUGCGAGCAUCGACCGGUAUAGCAAAUUCUGUAGAGCUAAAGGACGGCCCGUCAACAAAAACGUCUGCCGCCCCUCUUGAAAAGAGUACAUGUGCCACGAGUUCCGAUAAGACAUCUUCAGAGGCCACCGCUAUUAUUGAUCCCAUCGUCAGCAAAGAGUGUUGGGCAAAGUUAUUCAACAAAAAGCCUCCACCUAAAUGCGAGGAUCACCAAGAGCCCUGCAUCAGUAUGGUUACCAAGAAGCCAGGUAUUAACCGUGGUAGGAUGUUCUGGAUGUGUCCUAGGCCGCUUGGACCUAGCGGGACCAAGGAAAAGGGGACACAGUGGCGUUGCUCGACUUUCAUUUGGGCGAGCGACUGGAACUCUCCAGACUAAUCCAGAAAGCUGUACGGCAUGGAUAAACGUAUUUUAAUUAGAGACAUGCGGUAUCGUGUUUGCUGGCAUCGGUAACGGGCUUGUGGAAUAAGGGCCGACUUCUAUGAGAGGAAGUCAGACUAUCUUGGCAUUCUUCAGUGAGCAGUCACGGCUCCAGCAGAACACCUAUUUUGACAAAUACCAGAAUUGUCAUCUUCGACAUUGUUGAUACGGAACAGAAAAAAUCCCUCGCAUAAUUACUAACAAUCUCUAUGGUAUCUCAUGACAUCAGUGCAUUCCGCGCGCGCUCGCCAGGUUCAGUUGCGCAUAGGAUAUAUCACUUUGAGUCUCAAGAAAAACGGCAUAAUAGAUAGACACUAGAGGCGCUAAUAAAUCACAGCUAAAUCAGUCUGCGUUCUACUCUCCAACUGCAUUUGCAUAUGACAGUAUACCAAUAUUACAAUGAUAAUGUACCGAUAAUUGAAACCUCUUCUGGAAAGAAUGCAUAGCUUGACUUUAUCGCAACAGAAACACGAUUUUACAUACAGGGAUAUUAA